AUGCCGACACGGAAUUGUCAAUAUUCGAGAGUUGCAACAUAUGAUCAACAAGAAGGACAACCUCCGACACUUGUAGAUAGAACAUAUACGUCCAAGUUUCGACAUGAUAAGACAGUAUGGGCAGCAUGUCGGGCAGUUAUAUUCGGAUGCAUUAUCAUUGUUGUUGGAUUGGCAAUGACUGUUUUAGGGUAUUUUGACAAGUAUUUUUCAGAGAAAAUUGAAAUAAUCGAUGGAAAUGAGCAUGUUACCUAUGAUCGAAUGAUACAAUAUCAGUUGAAAAGUAUGCAGUAUCUUGGUCCAAUUCUGAUGGGAAUCGGUUCAUUUAUUCUGAUAAUUGCAUGUGUUGUAACAUUGGAAAGUCGGGAUAAACAUGCUCAAAUAAUUACUGAAGAAUCAAUUCUACAAAAAAGAAGACGUCUGAUUUCGGAAGAAGAAGAAAAAGCAGAACAUAAUGAUGUUUUUAUUGAUGAUGAUGAGGAUAAGGAACCUUAUUUUGGCGAUGGAAGAAGAUUCGUGACUCUAGAUGCAAAUCGAUUAGCUCCGUUGGCUGAUGUGGACUCUCUAACAGAUAUUUCAUUGACACAUCGAGGAGGAUCAGAAUCCAGAUUACAAUCAGAAGACGUGACGAUACCUCCAGAAUCAUCAGAACUCUCCAAACCUGAUCGAUUUUUCCAAGAAUGUGAAGUAUUGGACGAUGAUAACGAACCAACGUCGUCUAGUCUUCUAAAUCCAGCAACGGCAACCGAAGAGUUAGAAGACUUGCCCCGUCAAGAUGAUCCCAAAAACGAAGAAGCCAUAAAUCCAGAAGAUACCGAGGUUUCAGAUGACAAAAGGAAUUCUGAAAACGCCAAGUCACCAGAAUCUCCGAAGCCAAAGCUUCGACUGGAAAUUUUGGCGUCAGAAAUGGAAUAG